CCAGGUAACCCUGGAUCUGAUGGACAGCCUGGACAGCCCGGUAACCCAGGAACUCCCGGAACUGAUGCCGCUUACUGUCCUUGCCCACCUCGCUCUGCUGCCAUGGCCAGCCGCAAGAAGAUGGCUAAACAUUAAACUUCUGCCAUUCUCAUUGUAGAA